GUGGUUAAUUUAAUUACUCGCGGCGCGUCUUAUCUCGGAGAUGCGAAGCGGCGCGUGGUUGGGGAACUAGGAAUUUGUAACCGGAAAGAUGAACUUCUCGCCGCAGCGAGAUUUCGCAGUUACGGUUUUAUUGUUGGUGACGGUGACACUAAACUUUUUGGGCCAAUUGAAACCAAUGGGGUUGCGGCACGU